AUGAAUUGGAGGCAAAUGUGGCCUCAUACUUUGUUUAUUGUUAUCACUCUCUAUAUUGAAAUCUCAUAUUGGACAAGCAAGUCGAGGUUUGGCGCGACGGCUCAGCCUUCACCGAGGAAAGAUAGCUGGACCAAGGAACGGAAGCUCGAGUAUAGAGAGGCGACGCGUCAGUUGUGGCAUCAUGGAUUCGACUCGUACAUGGAUCAUGCGUUCCCAAUGGACGAGCUUGCCGAGGGAGGGGUCCUGAUUAUGCCAAUCCGCAAGUCGUUUUCUCUGCAAUGCCACAACGAUGUAAUGGCCAAUUUUAGCCUGACCUUGGUAGACAACCUUGACACAUUUGUCACGUUUAAUAAUUAUUCUGGUUUUGAGUGGGCCGUUCGGCAGACGAUAGAUGGCGUAUCGUUUGACCAGAAUGUCAAGCCUCAGGUAUUCGAGAUUACUAUUCGGGGCAUGGGAGGGCUACUGUCAGCCCAUAUAUUUGCGGCUGAUAAGGAAGAGCGUUGGGGCUUUGGUAUACCUUGGUAUAACGAUGAGCUUCUCCAUCUAGCAUAUGAUCUAGGAAAGCGACUGCUUCCCGCGUUUAGAACAAACACUGGAAUUCCAUUCGCAAGGAUUAACUUGCGGCACGGUGUACCUACAACGGAAACGUUUGAAACCUGUACUGCGGGUGCAGGCUCUCUUCUGCUCGAGUGGACAACUUUGUCCCGGUUGACAGGAGAUCCGGAAUUUGAACGUGUCGCACGAAAGGCAUUCUUUGCUAUCUGGAAUCGCCGAUCCGACCUUGGUUUGCUUCCAAACACGAUAAACUUGGCAAGCGGGGCAUGGCUUCAACCGGAAAUUGCUGGGAUCGGCGCUGGUAUUGAUAGUUUUUACGAGUAUGCUUUGAAAAUGUAUGUGAUGACGGGCGAAUCCGAGUACUACGAUGUUUGGAGAGAAGGUUACUCGGCUAUCAUGAAGUAUUCGCGUGGUCCGGAAGGUUUUUGGUACAGAAAUGUUGGAGCCAGCACGGGCAAUCUUGCUACUGUGUACAUCGACUCGCUAUCUGCGUUUUGGCCCGGCCUUCAGGUGCUGGCAGGGGAUGUUCAAAAUGCGAUCAAAUCGCAUCUAGUCUACUGGAAUCUCUGGCGAAGGUUCUCGGGAAUACCUGAAACUUUCAAUAUCGCUACCCGACAAGGUGUAACGCUGGGAUAUCCAUUACGUCCAGAAUUUAUCGAAUCAACUUAUUUCUUGUAUAGAGCGACUCAGGAUCCUUUUUACCUUGAUGUUGGAGAGCGGGUUCUUCAUGACCUAAUACGCCGGGCUAAGGUUAAUUGUGGUCUUUCGACACUUUCCAAUGUCCAGAGUGGCGAACACGAGGAUAGAAUGGAGUCAUUUGCGUUGUCCGAAACUUUGAAAUAUCUCUUUUUGAUUUUCGACGAAGAAAACAAAAUUAAUUCGGAUGAUCAGAAUAUGGUUUUCACAACAGAAGGACAUCUUAUAACGCUUUCCCAACAACACUUGAAGACACCCUCAGAGGCAUCUCGUUAUUUCAGACAGAAAGAACAAAACUUCUGCCCGGUUUACCAGCCCGCUCGAAACCCACCAAGCCUUUAUCCCGGAGAAUCUUAUGGGCUGAUUCAGUCUAUCCGAAGUCGACCAGACUCGGACUACGGCCGAUUCAUCACUGGGUUAGAGUUAUCAGUCGUAGGCGCGUCCGAUUCACCAUGGUGGGAUUUGUCAGGACGGUGUGCGGUACCGCAGCCGGAGGAGUAUGUGAGCACCUCUGUCUACCAUGACCAAGCCUCCCCUUUUGAUUUCGAUCUUUUCGACCUCGAUCUUGACGACGUUGCGGCGCGUUUGUCUGACCUACUUGGUGCUCCCAUGGAACAAACUCCGCUCACACCAAAGUCCUUCGACUAUGUGCUCAGCAUAGAUGGAAUGGUUACGGAAGCUGACAAAGAUCUCAGCACCUCAAAAGUGCACCGGGUUGAAGGAGGAUUUAUGGUUCGGAACAUUACCGGUGUGAAAGCGAGAAUGACAGCCCGAAUGGACGGACAAGGUUAUGACGUGACAAUGCUGGGACAUCACCGGGUCUUGAGCGGCCAAAAGGUUUUCAUCAAUGAUCCGGCAUUGCUCGAGCUUCCUGGAUUCUCUAAGCUACAGGAAAAAGAAAGGAAGCUUGCGGUUCAACUUAAGCUCAGAGUUGGCGACUCGGAUGAGGAGAUCAGUUUAUUUGCUACCACAGCACUGUUUGGAGCGGAUCCCAGCUCCGAGAACUCUCCAGGGACGUUUAGGGUUGACGCUCCUCCACUCCAUGUAGUCCCCUCCAAUCCUGAGAACCUCAAUGGUUGUAGUGACCAUGAAGCACUACCUAUAUUAAAUGGCGCCGUACUUGUGGUCAAUAGAGGGACCUGCUCCUUCUUGGAGAAACUGACCAAGGCUAAAAAAGUUGGAGCCGCUGGGGUGAUAGUGGUGUCAGACGUCGAUAGUCUUAUCAACCCUAGCCUUGAUAAGGAGGAAGAAGAUUAUGCUGCGUCGGAACUAGCCGACGUAGGACUUGUCGUUCUGACACAUAGGGAUGGAGUCAAACUAUUGAAGUCUUUAGAGACUUCGUUGGACACGGUGGUUCCAUUAUGGGUGAAAGUCACCCGUCAACCAUCCCUCGAGGAUGAGAUCACAAAAGAAGAGGAAGAAAAGCCUAGAUUACUCUACAUCAACGGAAAGGCAUUGAUUAACACUGUAAUUAUGAUUUAA